AUGCCAACAUACAGGUUUGGCACACUUCGAGCUCUGAUUAAUGAUCGUGGCACCCACUUUUGCAAUAAAGUCAUAAAGGCACUAUUAUCAAAAUACAGAGUUCACCAUCGUAUAGCUACAGCUUACCACCCCAAAACGAAUGGCCAAGCAGAAGUCUCGAAAAGGGAAAUCAAAACUAUAUUGGAGAAAACAGUUCAGCCCAACCAAAAGAAUUGGAGUCUUCGGCUUAAUGACGCUCUUUUGGCCUAUCGGGCGGCAUAUAAAGGACCAAUUGCAAUGACCCCGUAUCGACUUAUUUUUGGAAAAGCUUGUUAUCUUCCGGUAGAGUUGGAACAUAAAGCUUAUUUGGCUGGAUUUAGAACUCGCAAGGAAGGCAAGGAAAUUAGACAUCCAAGAAUUGGAGGAAAUUUGUAA